UCCUAAAACCCAAGAUUUUGCUGGCCUGUAGCCGGUGUCGUGAGCGAAAGAUCCGCUGCGACGGCAUUGAGCCCAUCUGUGGGCAAUGCAAAAGACGGGACACCCCGUGUUCCUACCCCAGCGACUCCUAUGCCAGGAAGAUCCAGAGCAAUCAGUAAAAUUAUGCACCAGUCUCAAGUCACCCUUGUUGGAGCCGGGACUGCAAAUAUCAAUCAUCUUCCCGCGCUAGAAAAUCCAAAUGCUUCGUCGAGGCCUUCUGAUAACAGGCUGAGAGCCUUGGAUAGAAAUAAUGACUGUUCUACUCAAUCAGAUGGUGAUAGUACUGACCUUGAGAUUAUAUUCUUUGAAGGGGAUGGCCCAUCCGCCACUCAAGACACCCAAAGAAAGGAUGGCAGGAGCAAGGCGCCUGGUGCUUCUAAAUCAAGGCCACCUUCAAAACAAAAAAGCCCAGCAGGGAACCAAAUCCGAAUUACUGCAAUGGGAAUAACUUCUGACGGACCAUUUGCUGAGUCAGAAAGCGAAGACGAAUUCUUUGGUGACUCUUCUGUCGCCUCUUUCUUGAAACAGAUUAAAGAGUCCGCAAAGGAACCUGGACCGGCAGAACCAACAAAUACCAUCCUGCAUGCAAGUUCUAGCACAUGCCCAACUUCCUGGCCAACAGUGGCCGAGGCACCCAAUUCAAGGGACGAAAAGCAUGAUCUACCACCCCAACAAUUAGCUGGCUAUCUCCUCAACUGUUAUUUCGACAAAAUCCACAGCUUGUAUCCAUUCGUUCAUAAACCGAGCUUUCUUCGCAUGUACAGGAACCUAUGGACGCCGGAGGCGUGGCUGAUCCCCUCGUCCGGGAUGGGUCUAGGAGAUCCAAGUGUAUCUUCUUCGAUGUUCCACUGCGCGUUGAACAUAAUCUUUGCUUUAGGAUGCCAAUUUUCCAAGCUAGACCAUACAGCGCGCGAAGCCACUUCUGAGGAGUUCUUUCAACGCUCACAAUCGCUUCUGAACGUCAUCUCCCUUGAUAAAGGAGAUCUAGCCCUUGUGCAGACAUUGCUUUUGACUUCACAAUAUUUGCAGGGAGGCAAGUCUCCUUCGAGAUGUUGGAACAUAAUAGGCCUUGCUUGCAGAGUGGCGCAAUCUCUUGGAAUGCAUUCCCUCAAAGCCGAUAAGAAUAGGACACCGGCUCAAAUACAGAUGAGACGGCGCGUUUGGCAUGGAUGUGUAAUGCUAGAUCUAGCAAGCAGUAUGAUGCUGGGUCGCCCUCCCAUGACUCAUGCCUCCGCAGUGCCUCUUCCAGAAGCUGUUAAUGAUGAACAUCUCGGUUCGAGUGUUGAACACGACCGAUCAGAACCAGAGACACUGUCACGGACUGAGUUUUAUGUCCGGACUUUGCAGUUGUAUAAGAUAUUAAGGAGAAUCCUAUCUGAAGUUUAUGAACCUUGGGAGGAUUCUGGACAAUCCGAGCGGAUAAAGUCGAGUAAUAAUCAGGCUCAGAUUUUGCUAGAUCUAGAAGAGGAGCUUUCGGUGUUUGAGACAAGUCUUCCAGCGGCGUUGCAAUGGAAUGACGCUCACGGAUCUGCGGGGCUCGCUGAACCCUUUCGCCGUGAAAGUAGUUUAUUGAGGGGAAGGUUCCUUCACUUGAGGAUUCUGCUUCUGCGUCCCACUCUUGUCAAGUUUUGUCGGGAAAAUUGCCCUCCACGUCACCCAGACAACUCCUCCGCGGGUGCAGAGCCAAAACGCAAUAUUAUCUCGGACUUAAGCCUCAGCUGCUCAAUUUCCUGUGUCGCGGCUGCGAUUGAGCUGUCGCACCUUAUGAAUGUCAUUUCCAGGACUGAAUUGGCCAGUGUAUGGUGGUAUAGUGUCUUUUAUACCUUUACAGCUGGGGUUGUCCUCGUGUUGGCACAGACAUGCCCCGCUAUGGAAUCUAUCUUCUCCAAGGAGGUUUUGAGGGUUGCUUGGGAAAGCUGCUUCAACUGUCUAGCUAAUAUGGAUUCGUACAGCAACACUGCCAAGAAUUGCGCCAGUAGUCUCCAAAAGAUAUUAUGCCAUUUGCUAGAUGAAGGCGAUCGUGAAUCAUGCCCCCUUGACAAUACCGCCGAACAAGUUCCAGCUCCACCUACAAGUGUACCUGUGGGCCAUGACACACCAUUGUCUGUCAUACCGACUUCCUUCCCAACCCUCUCCGAAGCAGAUGUUGGCGCCAAUCAAGAACCUCCUGCCGGGUUUCCCUCUGAGGCACUUGGGCCUUUCUGGAAUGGACAAGAUUUUGAUGGCUCGUUGAUGGACAUGCUGUGGGAUGAUCUUUGGCUGACAUCACCGUCGUUCUUAUGAUAUUCAUCCCACGGGGGUGUUGUUUUGACUCUGAGAGA